CAGGUACCACAUUGCUUGCAGCACCUCUCCGCUGGUUUUGUGCAAUGCUCUGGAGACAGAUACAUGAAGUAGAGGGAAGCUCGACUCUGUUAAAAGUGUAAAACCCACCUGCCGUGCCGGCAAGUUGCAUCCUAUUCUUUCCCAAGGUAACCUCGUCAUUCUGUUUGAGUGAGAGCUUCGGCAAUUCGUUUGUGCGCCGCUGAAAUCAGGGCUCCCCCAAUGUGAAACCUCCACACAACACAUCAGCUCUGUGCCUCGCUGGAUGCGAUUGGGCUCCUCCUCCUCUUCCCCCAUUCCUUUCCCCCCGCCCCUUUUAUUUUCGUUAAACUCUUGUUUCUGGCACUUCACACACACACACACACACACACACACGAAAUCAGCAGGAGUUCAGACAGCAACGAUAUGUCAGGCUCCGGCAGGAAGGAAUUCGACGUGAAACACAUCCUGCGGCUUCGCUGGAAACUGUUCAAUCACCCACCGUCCAGCUCAGGCCAACAGCAGCAGCAACAGGACAGCUUUGAGCACUGGGGCACCAGCCAGAACAGGCUGAAAAAUCACAGUCACGACAGGGGCACCGGUUCCUGGAAGAAAAGCAGCGCCCUCAAUGGCAUCCUGCCCCCGGGACACAGCAGAGGUGGCACCUUGCAGUGCCAGACACAGCAACGCACUGUCUUUUACGUGGAAACGCUGGAGGAAGUGCCCAGGUUAGAGUUUACUGGGGAGAGCACGGCAACGCUGCAAGAAGUGAAGAAGGAACUGGUCACUACUGAUUGUUGUGACGGAACAGGUGAUGGAUGCCUGCACAGGCUGACAGUGACUAGCCAUCCCCUGAUGCCACACAGUGAUUUGGAAGCAGGCAGCUCUGAGGAGCUCUUCCAGGCUGUAAACCAUGCAGAGCAAACCUUUUGUAAGAUGGAGAUCUAUCUGAAGCAGCAGCAGCUAUGUGAUGUCAUCCUGAUUGCUGGAAACCGAAAGAUACCUGCUCAUAGGCUUGUUCUUAGUGCUGUGUCUGAUUAUUUUGCUGCGAUGUUCACCAGUGAUGUUUGUGAAGCUAAGCAAGAGGAAGUCAAAAUGGAGGGCAUAGACCCUAGUGCACUCUGGGAUCUUGUUCAAUUUGCUUACACAGGCUGCCUUGAGUUAAAGGAGGAGACAAUCGAGAAUCUCUUAGCAGCUGCCUGCCUGCUCCAGCUCUCCCAAGUGGUGGAAGUGUGCUGCCAUUUCCUAAUGAAGCUGCUCCAUCCAUCAAACUGCCUGGGUAUCCGUGCAUUUGCUGAUGCUCAGGGCUGUACUGAAUUAAUGAAGGUGGCUCACAGCUAUACUAUGGAACACAUUAUGGAGGUGAUCAAAAAUCAGGAAUUUCUGCUACUUCCGGCUGAUGACAUUCUUAAACUUAUUGUAAGUGAUGAUGUGAAUGUUCCAGAUGAAGAGACAAUAUUCCAUGCCUUGAUGCUGUGGGUGAAAUAUGAUAUUCAAAGAAGAUGCAGGGACCUUGGAAGACUACUUGCUUAUGUCAGAUUACCUUUGCUACCACCACAGCUUUUGGCAGACCUUGAAAAUAAUGCUCUAUUCAAAGAUGACCUGGAAUGCCAAAAACUUAUCCUUGAAGCGAUGAAGUACCAUCUGUUACCAGAGAGACGACCUUUAAUGCAGAGCCCAAGGACUAGGCCUCGAAAGUCUACCGUAGGAUCUCUGUAUGCUGUUGGAGGGAUGGAUGCUAAUAAAGAGAACGGACCUGGAGAGUCAGGAGGUGCCACAACAAUAGAAAAAUAUGACCUGAGAACAAAUACUUGGACCCAAGCCGGAGUGAUGAAUGGCAGGCGGCUGCAAUUUGGUUUGGCUGUCAUUGAUGAUAAACUUUAUGUGGUUGGAGGCAGAGAUGGACUGAAGACUUUAAAUACUGUGGAAUGUUACAACCCUAAAACAAAGACCUGGACUGUUUUGCCUCCUAUGUCGACUCACAGACAUGGCCUUGGAGUUGCAGUACUGGAAGGACCAAUGUACGCAGUAGGUGGCCAUGAUGGUUGGAGUUACCUAAACACCGUAGAGAGAUGGGAUCCACAAGCACGUCAGUGGACCUUUGUGGCCAAUAUGUCCAUUGCCAGAAGCACAGUGGGAGUGGCAGCAUUAAAUGGCAAGUUGUAUGCUGUUGGAGGGAGAGAUGGGAGCGCUUGUCUCAAAUCUAUAGAAUGCUAUGACCCGCACACCAACAAAUGGAGUAUGUGCACUCCCAUGUCCAAAAGAAGAGGAGGUGUGGGUGUAGCAACAUGUGAUGGUUUCCUUUAUGCAGUUGGAGGCCAUGAUGCUCCUGCAUCGAAUCACUGUUCUCGGCUUUCAGACUGUGUAGAGAGAUAUGAUCCAAAGACUGAUACCUGGACAACAAUAGCUUCGGUGAGUGUUCCCCGAGAUGCUGUUGGAGUCUGUCUCCUAGGAGACAAACUGUAUGCAGUUGGUGGAUAUGACGGACAAACCUAUUUAAACACGAUGGAAUCGUAUGAUCCACAGACCAAUGAAUGGACACAGGCAGCAUCCCUAAACAUCGGGAGAGCUGGGGCCUGCGUUGUCGUUGUCAAAAUGUGAAGCUGCAUUCAUUGUGUGAAGCUUUCCAUUCUACUGCUCUGAACUGGUAUCUAUCAUAUGCUGUUUCAUCACUGAUUCUCACUAGCAAUCAACUGAACCUGUACACCAAUGUCAAUUCCUUUGAAGACGUCAUCUGUGAACAUUCAGUAUAUGACAACUGAAACAACCUAGUGGACAAUGGAAAGAAUGCAAAACAUUCAGUGAUCAGCAAAACUCCUGAUCAGCACAAAACCAAACAGAGAAGAAAUUGAAGACAAAUCCUUUUCUGAAUAAAAAUUCUUGGCAGCAUUGACACAUUUUAAUCAAGACUUUAGAAUUGCUACUUCGCACUGCCUAUCUGCAAAUCACUCUAAGCACUUAAUGACUAAACUGCCAAAUCAGUAUUUGAAUACAACGGAUUUGUUCCACCACAAAAAAAUUAAAAUGUAUGGAAUUUGGAUAUGGAAUGGCCUCCUAUCAUGGAAAAUGUAUUUGUAUAAAGAAUUGUCCAAUAUACAUUCCAAAUGAGGCUUCUGUAACCAAAAAUUCUCAAAGCACAUGCUCAUCAUCUUUCAGUAAGUCUCUCUGUAAUAAUUGUGUAUAGAUAUAUUGAAACUGCAAUUUUGGAAGACCAGAGACUGACCACACUUCAAGUGUUUUUCAUGCCAGUAAGCAAUGUCAUGUUCCCCAGCGUGUGGCCAUCGGGCCCACAGUGAAAGAAAAUAUAAGCAAAGUGUAUCGUAUUAAAAAAAACUUAUUAGAACCUCAUCAUGGUGAAAUAUUUCUUCUUAUUUAAUUCUUUCUUCAUUGCACAGGAAAACCUACAGCAAAACCCUCUGAAAGUGAUUGUUGUAAUUAUUUUGUGAUUAGACAGCGCAAUGUUUAAUUUCUUCUAUCCGAGAUAAUUGGUAAAAUUUAAAUUUCUUUUGAAAUCUUAUGGUUAUUCUUGAAAGACUUGCAUGUAUG